AUGACCCCCUUUCACGAUGCUCCGCGAAAUAUUUCAUGUAAGCUUCCCAAGGAUAAAUCUUACAAUACUAAUGCGGAUGUCAACAUUCAUGAAUAUCACUGUCUACCUUAUGAUGCUGUAUUUUAUUAUUCAUUCACCACACCGGGAAACAGAAUAAUAUCUGGAAAUUUUCACAGUGAGUCUCAGGCUUUUCCAACCUCCCUUCAAUCAAAAUACUGCGCGAGCGGUGCCUACCCUCAAAGGAUGCCAUUAAGAUUCCCGGCUGCAAUCUCUUCCUCAUUCCAUCCAGCUUCUAGAAAUCCCGAUGGGACUGUUUCUCCUGUUUCUGCUUUCUCAUCCCGGUGCGUAUCACAUGAAAAUUACACAUGUGGCCACUUCUUCUCAGACACCAUCCCCUUCCAUGGCAGAGAGUGCCUAACAUUUCCAAAUGAGAAUCUACAUCAUACCUUGACUGCUCUAAUCAACAACCAAGAAUUGUUUCAAUUAUUGGAGUCGGCAUCUACCAACAAUAUGAACUCGUCUCUGUUUCUCAUGCGGCCAUUCGGGUUAUCUGGAUCAGCGCGUGUGGGCAAUGAAAUGGUUUCGGUAGAUAGUGAAAAUUUGGUCAUAGAAGGCCAGUCUGAAUGCAGCCUCAGCCCGUUUACGAAAAAUAUAGCCGUGAUUGGUUCUAAGGACGUUAAUAUUUUUAAGCGACCGCUUAAACCAGGAUUUCCGCGGUGCAAAGGAACAAAAGCCGUUCACCUCUCAAGUGUCGAAGGCGGCUUGGACUACCAAGAUACCCCCUGUUCCUCCAGGACAAAGAGGAACCCCGUCUACGGCAAUAAACCUAUGGGGGCCGACUCGAAAUGUUCCAUACCUUUACAUAUUCGCAUUGACCAGUAUCCCGAGUCGAAAAUUGUCAAGAACAAGAAGCCCCGAGGCCGCUUUACUGCUUUUAGUCAUAAUUCCUUAAACACAAUGGACGAGGACGAAUCGAAGCAUCGAAAAUACAAGUGCAAGGUUUGUGACGGCAGCUUUCGUCGUCGGGAAAACUUGAAGAGACAUUUUAUAAGCAUGCACACUGCAGAAAAACCCUACGUUUGCAAGGUCUGCAACAAGAGGUUUUCUCGAGCAGAUAACUGGUUAGACCACGAGAAGAUCCAUAAACCCUCGGUCGUUCGUUUUACAACUAGCAUCCCAGAACUCGACUUUGAGCUUAAUGCCUAA